AAGUGGAUUAACCCAGGGAAAAGUGUGGAUAAAUUCAGGAUAAACCCCGGGAUAAACUUGGGGAAAGAAGGGAUAAAACUGGGGCAUACUCCGGGAUAAACUUGGGGAAAAGUGGGGUAAACCCGGGAUAAACCCCUGGAUAAACCUGGGGAAAAGUGGGAUGAAUAAUCCUCAGUCAACUCGGUAUAAACCUGGGGAAAAUCCGGGAUAGAGCCAGGGAAAACCCGGGAUAUAUCUGGGGGAAAGCAGUAUUAACCUGGGAACAACGCAGGAGAGACCUCGGGGGAAAAGUGGGAUAACCCUGGGACAGACCUGGUGAAAACUCGGGAUAAAACUCAGGGAAUUCAGGAUAAACUUCAACUCGGGUUAACCCUGGGGACAACCCGGGAUAAAUGUGGGGAAAUUUAAGGACUUUAAGGAACAGUUAGACAGGUACCAGGACAGGACAGGUUUGGGGGGAUAUGGACCAAGCGCAGGCAGGUGGGUCUAGUGUAGCUGGGACAUGUUGGCCGGUGUGGGCAAGUUGGGCCGAAGGGCCUGUUUCCAUACUGUAUGUAUCACUCUAUGACUGUGAUUCUAGGCAGGAAUAAUAACACACCAAGCCACAGAUAAAAAACCGGGGAUCAAGACGGAAAUCAAUCUGCGAUACACCAGGACAUCGUCGAUAAAAUGGGCUAAGCCUGGAAUAAGCCACAGGUGCCAAAUCUGGGAUAAAACAGGAAGAAAGUGGAUGAGCAAGUAUGGAUGACUUCAUCGCUCAUUCACAGUACACCAGCACAGCUGCCAGCAUAAGGUCUUCUGUGGUGUCUAUAAGGACACCAGAUCAGUUAGGUACAGAGCUCACCUCAUCACCUGGGAGACGGGAGAGCAGUCUGCUUUCAGCUGAAACCAAAGAAAGUUGGAACACAGAAGAUCGAAGUCACGUGAAUGACCCUUACCUGAAUGACCUGAUCAAAAGUCGAGUGGCUCUGGAGAACAUCCAGCCCGAGAUGUGGACCUCAGAUCACGAGCACCAGAUGACUGAGUUUAUUUAUGAUGUGACUCGGAGAGUGCUGACUGUGUACAUGGAUGAGUACGCUGGGUUACUUGUAAUCGCUGGUACCCCACCACAGGGCACGGAUUACCUGAUGUAUUUCAUCCGCAAGGAGCAGGCGGUGAUUACGGAGGAUAACUUCACGCACGUGGUGCAGUUUGGCAGCAUCCGACGUGGACACCUGGAGAGCCUGCUGAGGCACAUGCAGGGCAUCUUUGCUGCCCAGUUCUUUGAGAACCGAAUGUGGCCCGAGGGCAUCAAGAACAACUUUUCCGCGCACUUGCACAAAUUCCUGGCCAGCCUCACAGAUGCUCGGUACAAGUUGGAUGGCCACACUGUCCUUUAUAUCCCACAGGAAAGCUUGAUGUUGACACCGGAGCAAGCAGCAAAGGACAAGGACCUUCUCCAGAGACUGGAGACUGCUGUUGUUCACUGGACUCGUCAGAUUAAAGAUGUGCUCAGCGCUCAGGAGUCGAUCGAUACCGGGGAGAUCCUGGGGCCACUGGAGGAGAUUGAGUUCUGGCGGAACCGCUGUGAUGAUCUGUCCGGCAUUGGAUUCCAGCUGGAUAAACCUGGGGUCAAACACAUCCAGGCCAUCCUGGAACUCUCCAAAUCCUCCUACAUUGGUCCCUUCCUCAAACUUGCCAAGCUUAUCCAGGAUGGACGUGCUCAGGCCCAGUCCAACCUCAGCUUCCUGGCCAUCCUCAACGUGCCGUGCCAGGAGCUGACCACACUCCCGGUCAAAGACAUCCCCCCCAAGCUGCCGCACAUCCUCAACCUAGUCCGUGUCAUCUGGAUCAACUCCUUGUUCUACAACACCCGCGACCGGAUCACUGCACUCUUCCGCAAGCUGAGUAAUGAGAUCAUUCACCUGUGCUCCAAAGAGAUCUCGCUGGACAAGAUAUUUGAGGGCUUCACCAAGUCGAGCAAGGCCACCCUGCAUGACUGCAUCGAAUGCUGCCAGGUGUGGAAGAGGCACUUUAGUCAUGCAGCCAUCGUUCACAGCAGAUUCUCCGACAUCCCGUGGGUCCUGGAUCACACGAGCAUCUUUGCGCAAGUGGACGCCUUUAUACAACGUUGCAGGGAUCUGCUGGAGGUGUGUGACUGUCAGGAGUUCUUUGCCCGGCGUGAUGAAGGAAAGCAGACUCCGCUGCCGUGUUUUGAAGGUCAUCGCGGUCCUGAGAUAACACGAGGUCUACUGGAGAUUGAGGCCACGUUCGACAAGAUCCUACAGAUGCUGAAAACGUCUCAGAUCGAGAUCCUGGACGUGAAGAAUACCUACUGGCACGAUGACUACAGCAGGUUUCGAUCGGGUAUCAAGGACCUGGAGGUGAUGAUGCAGAACCUGAUUUCAUCCUCGUUUGAGACGGUGACCACUGUCCAGCAAGGGGUGGAGCUGCUGGACGUCUUCCACCACCUUUCCCAUAGAGAGACCAUCAAGCGGACCAUCGACAAGAAGACGGUGGAUGUCUAUGUGCUGUUCAACGAGGAGAUGGCUCGGGUCAACAAGGAUCUGAACAGAAAGGCCAUCUACCUGCCUCCACAGAUGCCUCGAUACGCUGGCCAGGCACACUGGGCUCGAACUCUCCGCCGUCGUAUCGACAGAUCAAUGCAGUUUCUGACCCAAGCCACAUUCCUGCCCCAAAUUGGAUUGGGGGAUGAGUCAAUAGCGUUCCACCAGUCCCUGGAGCAAUCGCUGGAUGAGUUUGUACGUAAAGUCUUCACUGAAUGGACUGUGAACGUGGACAGGGACAGCAUAAGGCGGCUGGACAGACCUCUGAUGGUCCGUAGCAACGACGACAGUUACCGGCUCAGCGUCAACUUUGACAUGUAUCUGCUGGAGUUGUUUGAUGAAAUCCAUUAUUGGGAGCGCCUACUCUUUGAGAUUCCUCACUAUGUGAUGGAGAUCUACCAGCGGAAAGAAGACCUCAGGAAGCUGCGUGAGAGUGUCCUCCUGGUUGUGCGUGAUUACAACAGCAUCCUCGAUGAGUUGACGAAAGAACAAAGGAAUCUCUUCAGAGACAGAAUCAAAUUCUUGGACAAGAAGAUUUCCCCAGGCCUGUCCAAGCUUCAGUGGGCAUCGAGGACCCUGUCCAGUUACUUCAUUGAUGACUGCCGGAUGUACGCCAGGCAGCUGCAGCUGACCAUCGACGAGUACAAGGCCUCCAGUCUGCGGAUCCAAAAGUUUGCUUUCCAAAUGAGCGAGAUGCUGCUGGUGCACAUCGACGGCAAACGCACCUACAGUGACAAGGAUUUCCGAGAAGCUCAGAUGUCCCACCAGGAGCACAUCCAGUCAAAGCUCUUAAAGUUACACAAGGAAAUUGUGACCAUUAUGCGGCAAACCUACCUUGUCUUCAAGAGCGAUGGAUCUGAGGUGCAGCAUCAUUGGUUAAAUUAUGCCAAGAAAGUGGACCGUUUGGUGGAGGAAGCCUUCAGACUAAACAUUAAACGGUCGUUGCUGGAACUGUCCAAGGCCAUCAAUGGUGAUCCCAAAUCCACACCCAAUGCGCUCUUCAGGGUGAUGGUGAUUCUCCAGGAUGACGUACCAGGAAAGGUGGAGUUCUCACCCACACUAUCUAAGCUUGCCAGUAUUGUCAACAACGUUAGCAGUCAGGUGAAGACCACCCUCUCCAUCUUCAAGCGUAUCCCAGAGUUACUAACCCGGAGGAAAUCGACUCUGCAACCCAUCGUUCUCAACAUUGAGGGCGAUGAGGAGAUCAGGAAGAUUCAGAUGCAGAUCAGUAACGGCAUGACAACCAACGCAUCAAACCUACAGAACUACUUGAAGACCUGGGAUACAUAUCGCGAGAUCUGGGAGAUCAACAAAGAUUCCUUCAUCCGCCGUUACCAGCGACUCAAGCCCGCCGUCUCAUCCUUCGAUGCUGACAUUGCUCGAUACACGGAAGUGGCAAACAACGUGCAGAAGGAGGAGACGGUGGUGCAGAUUCAGUUUGUGCUCCUCGACUGCUCUCCGCUCAAGUUCUCCCUGGUCCAGCACUGCAACGAGUGGCAGAACAAAUUCACCACCUUGCUGAGCGAGAUGGCAAGCUACAUGCUGAUGGACCUGCUCGAGUUCCUCAAUGACAAUAAAAUAAAGGUCAGCCGUGUCCCGCAGAAUUUGGAGGAGCUGAGCGCUGCGGUGCAGCUGCUGGAGUCUCUUCAAACGGAACUCCCGAAGACCGAGGCGCGCAUUCCGCCCAUCCACGACCAGUUCAGCAUCUUGGAGAAAUACGAGUUCCAGAUCGAGGAAAGUGUAAAACCCCCACUCCUUGAAUGGUUCGAAUGGAUGAACUUCCAGCAAAUACUCAUCGACAACGAGAUAAUGCUGAAGAAGAGCAAGGAGAAGUUCCGGACCGGCCUCAUCCACUCGGCCGAAGAGAUGAAGAAGAAGACACAAUCGGCCUUUGAAGACUUUUCCAACAGAGCUCCUUUCAGCAGCACCAUGAGCCCCGAAGCUGCCCUUGCCCUGAUCGCCGAGCUACGCAACAACCUCAACGCACUGAAGGACGAGGAGAAUAACAUCCGCAAUGGCCUCAACGUCUUCAAGAUUGACCAGCCCUUGUCCAAGGAGCUGCAGGCCCUGGAGAAAGAUCUCGACUUCCUUCAGCAAGCAUGGGAGGUCACCAAGCAGUGGGAAGAUUCGUGGGUGGAGUGGAAGGGGGAAAAGUUCAGCUCACUGGUGACACAGGUCAUGGACAACACUGCUACCGGCUACUACAGGAAACUCCACAAGCUGAGCCAGAUACUCAAGGACAGAAACUGGGACAUUAUAAAUACAUCGAAGAACAAGGUCCAGCAGUUUAAGAAGACAAUGCCACUGAUCACUGACCUGAAGAAUCCAGCCAUGCGUGACAGGCACUGGAACAGCAUCAAGGACGAGGUACAGAAGAUGUUUGAUCAGACCAGCAAUGACUUCACGCUGGAGAAGAUCAUUGACCUAGGCUUGGAGCAAUAUGCUGACGUAAUCAGCGGCAUCUCAUCAGCUGCCAGCAAGGAGCUCUCCAUAGAGAUGGCUCUGGAGGGAAUAAAGAAAAGCUGGGAAGUUACAACACUUGACCUCGUUUCAUACAAGGACAAAGGCCAUUAUAAGCUGAGAGGAACUGACGAGAUCUUCCAGACGUUGGAGGAAAACCAGCUGACACUGUCCACCAUGAAGUCGUCUCCGUACUUGAAGGCGUUUGACAAGCUGGUGGACUACUGGGAGCGGACUCUUUCUCUCAUCCUGGAGGUGAUAGAGAUGACGCUGACUGUACAGAGGCAGUGGCUGUACCUGGAGAACAUCUUCCUUGGUGAGGACAUCAGGAAGCAGCUUCCUCAGGAGUCGGCCGAGUUUGACAGCAUCAACGACCAGUGGAAGGUGAUAAUGCAUCGCCUGGUCCUCGAGCCCAAUGCCCUGCGAGGGACCCAUCAUCCAGGUCUCCUGGACUCCCUGAACGGAAUGAACGGCAAGCUGGAGGAGAUCGAGAAGUCGCUGGACAUGUACCUGGAGACCAAGCGGCAGAUAUUCCCGCGCUUCUACUUCCUGUCCAACGAUGACCUGCUGGAGAUCCUGGGGCAGUCACGCAACCCCCCAGCCGUGCAGCCCCACAUGAAGAAAUGCUUCGACAACAUCAAGACCCUCAAGAUGCAAAAGGUGGGAGUGACCAACAAGCUGGAAGCGGCAGGAAUGUUCUCCGCUGAUGGCGAGUACGUGGAGUUCAAACAUCCCACCUUGCUGGAGGGCCCAGUGGAGGCUUGGCUCUGCGACGUGGAACGCACCAUGCGAUUCACUCUCAAGGACCUGCUCAAGGAGGCCCGGAUGUCCCUGAAGAAAAUGAUGACUCGUCGGGACAAGUGGGUGAAGGAGUGGCCCGGCCAGAUGCUGAUCACCUCCAGCCAGAUCCAAUGGACAACAGACGUCACCAAGGCGCUGAUAACGGCCAAAGAUCUCGAGGACAGAAAACCCCUGCGAGUUAUUAAAAGGAAGCAGGUCAGCAUGUUACACAAGUACUCGGAGGCCAUCCGAGGGAACAUGACCAAGAUCAUGCGGCUGAAGGUGGUGGCGCUGGUGACGGUGGAGGUCCACGCUCGUGAUGUCAUCGACCGCCUCUACAGGAUUAAUUGCAUGGAUGUGACGGCCUUCGACUGGCUGAGCCAACUCCGCCUAUACUGGGACAAGGACCUGGACGACUGUUUAAUCCGACAGACCAACACACACUUCCAGUACGGAUACGAGUACUUGGGCAACUCAGGUCGUUUGGUGAUCACUCCGCUCACAGACAGGUGCUACAUGACCCUGACAACAGCCCUACACCUGCAUCGAGGCGGCUCCCCCAAGGGCCCGGCUGGGACGGGCAAGACGGAGACGGUCAAGGACCUGGGCAAGUCUCUGGGCAUGUACGUCAUCGUGGUCAACUGCUCCGAAGGGCUGGACUACAAAUCCAUGGGACGCAUGUACUCUGGACUGGCACAGACUGGAGCCUGGGGCUGCUUCGACGAGUUUAACCGCAUCAACAUCGAGGUGCUGUCAGUGGUGGCCCAGCAGAUCCUCUCCAUCCUGUCCGCGCUGUCGGCUGGCCUGACCCGCUUCAUCUUCGAGGGCCGUGAGAUUAACCUGGUCUGGUCGUGUGGCAUCUUCAUCACCAUGAACCCGGGGUAUGCUGGCCGCACAGAGUUGCCGGACAACCUGAAGUCCAUGUUCAGGCCCAUCUCCAUGGUGGUUCCCGAUUCCACACUGAUCGCAGAGAUCAUCUUGUUUGCUGAGGGAUUCAGCAACUGCAAGGCCCUGGCCAAGAAGGUGUACACCCUGUACUCGCUGGCGGUGCAGCAACUGUCCAAGCAGGAUCACUACGACUUUGGCCUGCGUGCCCUCACCUCCCUGCUGCGCUACGCCGGCAAGAAACGCCGCGACAAGCCCCAGCUCUCUGACGAGGAGAUCCUCCUGAUGUCCAUGAAGGACAUGAACAUGGCCAAGCUGACUUCCAUCGACAUGCCGCUGUUUGCUGGUAUUAUCCACGACCUGUUCCCCGGUGUGGAGACCCCUGUCUUGGACUACGGGAAGCUUAAAGAUGCCAUCGAGACGGAGCUGGUGGAAUUGGGCUACCAGGUGACAGAGUUCACCGUGUCGAAGGUCAUCCAACUCCACGAGACCCAGAGCUCCCGCCACUCGGUCAUGAUCGUGGGCAAGACGGGCAGUGGCAAAACAGUGGUGUGGCGUACACUGCAGGGGGCUCUGUCCUUACUGCAUCGCAGUGGAGAGCCUUACAACCUGGUCAAGGACUACCCCCUGAACCCCAAAGCGGUGUCACUGGGCGAGCUGUACGGAGAGUAUGAUCUGUCGACGAAUGAGUGGACGGACGGGGUGUUGUCCAAUCUCAUGAGGAUCGCCUGCGCUGAUGAGAAGCCAGAUGAUAAGUGGAUUGUGUUUGAUGGCCCAGUGGACACUCUCUGGAUUGAGAGCAUGAACUCAGUCAUGGACGACAACAAGGUGUUGACGUUGAUCAACGGGGAGCGGAUAUCCAUGCCCGAACAGGUUUCUCUGCUGUUUGAAGUGGAAAACCUGGCCGUUGCCUCUCCUGCCACCGUGUCUCGCUGCGGGAUGGUUUACACCGACUACACUGACCUUGGAUGGAAGCCAUAUGUCCAGUCAUGGCUGAACAAACGGCCCAAGGAUGAGCACGAGCAACUUCAGGAAAUGUUUCAGAAAAGCAUCGAAAAGACGCUGCACUUCAAGAAAGAACACUGCAAGGAGCUGAUCCCCAUUGCUGAGCACUCGGGGGUGGUAUCUCUAUGCAACCUGUACGAGACCAUGGCCACAGUGGAGAACGGGGUGAACCCCGGUGACCCCGAUAACCACAUGCACAUGAUCUCCAUGGUCUUUGUCUUCAGUUUGAUCUGGUCCGUGUGCGCGUCUGUGGACGAAGAAGGGAGGAAGAAGAUGGAUAACUUCUUGCGGGAGAUGGAUGGCAGCUUCCCCAGCAAGGAAACUGUCUACGAGUAUUAUGUUGAUCCAAAGACCAAGGUGUGGACCUCGUUCGAGGAAAAGCUGAUGAAAUCUUGGCGCUACCCCUCCAACUUGCCGUUUUAUAAGAUCAUCAUCCCCACAGUGGACACUGUGCGCUACAACUUCCUGGUCAGCAGCUUGGUGGCCAAUCAAUGCCCCGUGCUGCUGGUGGGGCCAGUGGGCACAGGCAAGACCUCUGUCGCUCAGCAUGCCCUCCACAGUCUGGACGAAACGACCUGGUCAAUCCUCACAGUCAACAUGUCUGCGCAGACAACAUCCAGUAACGUGCAGGAAAUCAUCGAGAGCCGGGUGGAGAAGAGAACAAAAGGAGUUUAUGUCCCUCUCGCUGGCAAGAAGCUGAUCACAUUUAUGGAUGACCUGAACAUGCCGGCCAAGGACACCUUCGGCUCCCAGCCUCCCCUGGAGCUGCUCCGGCUCUGGAUUGAUUACGGCUUCUGGUACGACCGACUCAAACAGUCUAUAAAGUACAUCAAGGAGAUGUUUCUGAUGGGUGCGAUGGGGCCUCCAGGUGGGGGACGCACGGCCAUCUCACCCCGUCUGCUGAGCCGCUUCAACCUGAUCAACAUGACCUUCCCUGUGACAUCACAGAUCAAGCGUAUUUUCAGCACCAUGUUAAACCAGAAGCUGCAGGACUUUGAAGAGCAGUUGAAACCAAUCGGCAACAUCAUCACCGAUGCCACCAUCGAACUUUACAACGAGGUGGUCCAGAAGUUUCUGCCUACACCAACCAGGAUUCAUUACCUCUUCAACCUCAGAGACAUCUCCAAGAUCUUCCAGGGGAUGCUACGCGUGCACAAGGACUAUCAUGACUCGAAGGCCAGCAUCGCUCGUUUGUGGGUUCACGAAUGCUUCAGGGUGUUUUCAGAUCGGUUUGUGGACCACAAGGACAUGGAUGCCUUUGUGCUGCUGUUGAAUGACAAGCUGGGUCACUUCCUGGACUUGACCUUCCACAACCUCUGUCCAAACAAACAGUCGCCUAUCUUUGGUGACUUCAUACGAGGCGACGUGUAUGAGGACCUUGUCAACUUCAAGGCUCUGAAAAUCUACAUGGAAGCACAGUUGGAUGAGUACAAUGCAACGCCCGGAGUGGUGCCGAUGAGCCUGGUUCUAUUCAAGGACGCCAUUGAGCAUGUCACCAGGAUAGUGCGUGUGAUCAGCCAGCCGCGGGGCAACAUGCUGUUGGUCGGGAUUGGAGGGAGUGGGCGGCAGAGUCUGUCCCAGCUGUCUGCCUUCAUUUCCGUCUACAACACCUACAAGAUCGAGGUGACCAGGGUCUACCGUAAGCUGGAGUUCAGAGAUGAUCUGAAGAAAAUUUACAAAGAGGCCGGGGUUUUAAAUAAUCCAACAAUGUUCCUGUUCACGGACAUGCAACUGGUGGAAGAGAACUUCUUGGAAGAUAUUAAUAAUAUCCUGAGCUCAGGAGAAGUUCCAAAUCUGUUUAAAGUUGAUGAAUUUGAGGAGAUCAAAAAUGCCCUGUUGGAUGAAGCCAAAAAUGAAUCCAUUCCUGAAACAAAUGAAGGAAUCUUCAAUUUCUUCAUGGAGAGAGUGAGAAGCAACCUCCACGUGGUGAUGUGCAUGAGUCCUAUUGGAGACCCCUUCAGGAACCGUGUACGUCAGUACCCAGCGCUGGUGAACUGCACCACCAUCGACUGGUUCUCAGAGUGGCCCAAAGAUGCGUUGCUGGAGGUGGCCGAACGAUACCUGAUGACAGUGGACCUGGGAGGAACAGAAGCGCUACGCAACAACGUGGCACGCAUCUUUGUCACCAUGCAUCGCUCGGUAAGUACCUACUCCCGGAAGAUGCUGCAGGAGGUCAGGAGGCAGAAUUACGUCACCCCCACCAACUACCUGGAGCUGGUGUCGGGCUACAAGAAGCUACUGGAGGAGAAGCGGAUCGAGAUCAGCUCCCAGGCCAACAAGCUGCGCAAUGGCUUGUCGAAGAUCGACGAAACGCGUGACAAGGUGGAGGUGAUGUCCGUGGAGCUGGAGGAAGCCAAGGUGAAGGUGGCCGAGUUCCAGAAGCAGUGUGAGGAGUACCUGGUCAUCAUCGUGCAGCAGAAACGAGAGGCCGAUGAACAGCAGAAGACCGUCACCUCGCACAGCGAGAAGAUCGCCGCUGAGGAGAUUAAGUGUAAAAUAAUGGCGGAGGGAGCCCAGAAGGAGCUGGACGAAGCCAUGCCAGCACUGCAGGAUGCCAUGAGGGCGCUGGAGUCGUUGAAUAAGAAGGACAUGACUGAGAUCAAGUCGUACGGCCGGCCUCCGAUCCUGGUCGAGACGGUGAUGCAGGCAGUGAUGAUCCUCCGUGGCUCGGAGCCCACCUGGGCCGAGGCCAAGAAAGAGUUGGGUGAGCCCACCUUCAUUAAACAGCUCAUCAACUUUGAUAAAGACAACAUUUCAGACAAGGUGUUGAAGAAGAUCGGAACGUACUGCGCACAGCCGGACUUCCAGCCCGACAUUGUGGGCCGUGUGUCAGUGGCAGCCAAGUCCCUGUGUAUGUGGGUGCUGGCCAUGGAGCUGUACGGCAGGCUGUACCGUGUGGUGGAACCCAAGAGGCUGCGGCUGAACGCAGCUUUGGCACAACUGGCGGAGAAACAGGCGUCUCUUGCGGAGGCACAGGCAAAGCUAAAGGAGGUUGCCGAGAAGCUGGAGAUGUUGAAGAAACAAUACGAUGAGAAACUGACUCAGAAGGAGGAACUGCGCAAAAGGUCGGAGGAGAUGGAGAUCAAGCUGGACCGGGCGGCCAAGCUGCUGUCCGGCCUAGCGGCAGAGAAAGCCCGCUGGGAACAAACCGUGAAGGGGCUGGACACUGACAUGGGCUACUUGGUUGGCGACUGUCUGCUGGCAUCUGCCUUCCUCUCCUACAUGGGCCCGUUCCUGUCCAACUAUCGCGAGGAUAUUGUUGCCGACAUCUGGAUGAAGGAGGUGAAUAUCCGGGCCGUCCCGUACUCGCCCGAGUUUGACUUUGCGCACUUCCUCUCCAACCCGACCACGGUGCGAGACUGGAACAUCCAGGGGCUGCCGACAGAUGCCUUCUCCACCGAGAACGGAGUCAUCGUGACCAGGGGCAACAGGUGGCCUCUGAUGGUCGACCCACAGGGCCAAGCACUGAAGUGGAUCAAGAACAUGGAGAAUCUCAAGGGGCUGAAGCUGAUAGAUUUCCAGAUGAGUGACUACAUGCGUGUGUUGGAGAACGGAGUACAGUUCGGUUCGCCGGUCCUCCUGCAGAACGUGCAAGAAGAGCUCGACCCAUCACUGGGCCCCAUCCUCAACAAAUCAGUCACCACAGUAGGUGGCCGUUUGUUGAUGAAACUGGGGGACAAGGAGAUUGAAUAUAACCAGGAUUUCCGUUUUUACAUCACCACCAAGCUGUCCAAUCCACACUACCCACCGGAAAUCUCCAGCACCACCACCAUCGUCAACUUUGCAGUCAAAGUCCAGGGCCUUGAGGCACAGUUACUGGGCAUCGUGGUGAGGAAGGAGAGGCCAGAGUUGGAAGAGCAGAAGGACACCCUGGUCAUCAACAUCGCUGCCGGCAAGAAGAAGCUGAAGGAACUGGAGGACGAGAUCCUGAGGCUGCUGAAUGAAGCCACUGGCUCCCUGCUGGAUGAUGUUCAGCUGGUCAACACCUUACAGACAUCAAAGCUGACGGCCACUGAAGUGGCAGAGCAGAUCGACACCAGCGAGACCACCGAGGUGAAGAUCGAUGCAGCACGAGAGGGUUACCGUUCGUGUGCCGAGCGAGCUUCAAUCCUGUUCUUCGUGUUGAACGACAUGGGCAAGAUUGACCCCAUGUACCAGUUCUCCCUGGAUGCCUACAUUGACCUCUUCAACCUGAGCAUCGAGAAGAGCAAACGCACCCCCAAGCUGCAGGAACGCAUCAUCAACCUGAACGAGCAUCACACCUACGCUGUGUACAGGUACACCUGCCGUGGGCUGUUUGAGAGACACAAGCUGCUCUUCAGUUUCCAGGUGUGCAUCAAGAUCCUGGAGGUGGCGGGCAAACUCAACAUGGAUGAGUAUAACUUCUUCCUACGCGGGGGAGUGGUGUUGGACAGAGAGGAGCAGAUGGACAACCCUUGCCCAGGGUGGCUGGCCGACACUAACUGGGACAACGUCACAGAGCUCGAUAAACUGACCAACUUCCAUGGAAUCAUGAACUCGUUUGAACAAUAUCCCAAGGACUGGAACGCCUGGUACACGAGCUCCGAGCCGGAAACAUCUGUGUUGCCGGUGGAGUGGGAGAACACGUGUAACGAGCUCCAGCGGAUGUUGAUCGUGCGUUCCCUGCGUCAGGACCGUGUUGCGCUCUGCGUCACCUCCUUCAUCGUCAACAACCUCGGCUCCAAGUUUGUGGAACCCCCAGUGCUGGACAUGAAGUCGGUGAUGGACGAUUCGAACACCGGGACGCCGCUAAUCUUCGUGCUGUCGCCCGGCGUGGACCCCACCAACGCCCUGCUCCAGCUGGCAGACUACUCGGGCAUGGCCAGCCGCUUCCACGCUCUGUCCCUGGGGCAGGGGCAAGCCCCCAUCGCCACCCGUAUGAUCACUGAGGGGGUGGCAGAAGGUAACUGGGUGUUCCUGGCGAACUGCCACCUGUCGCUGUCGUGGAUGCCACAGCUGGAUAAACUGAUAGAGCAGCUCCAGAUCCAGGAUCCACAUCCAGCGUUCCGGCUGUGGAUCAGCUCCAGCCCCCACCCGGACUUCCCCGUCUCCAUCCUCCAGAGCAGCAUCAAGAUGACCACUGAGCCGCCAAAGGGCAUCAAGGCCAACAUGAAACGCCUGUACAACCUGGUCACCCCCCAGCAGUUUACUCGCUGCUCCAAGCCCAAGAAGUACAAGAAGCUGCUGUUCGCCAUGUGUUUCUUCCACAGCAUCCUCCUGGAGCGCAAGAAGUUCCUGCAGCUGGGCUGGAACAUCGUCUACAGCUUCAACGACUCCGACUUUGAGGUGUCUGAAAACCUACUGAGCAUUUACCUGGAUGAGUACGAUACCACGCCCUGGGAUGCCCUGAAGUACCUGAUCGCGGGUGUCAACUACGGGGGGCACGUUACUGACGACUGGGACCGUCGUCUCCUCACCACCUACAUCAACGACUACUUCUGUGACAAGGCUGUGGAGAGCAACUACUUCAAACUCUCCAGCCUGGAUAACUACUACAUCCCCAAGGACGGUGACCUCAACUCCUACAAGGAACACAUCAGCAUGUUGCCGGCAGCCGAGCACCCUGAAGCAUUCGGGCAGCACCACAACGCCGACGUGGCCAGUGAGAUCGCUGAGGCAAGCCGGCUCUUCGAGACCCUGCUGUCCCUCCAGCCCCAGGUCACCACCUCCGUGGGCAAGGGCAUGAGUCGCGAGGAGAAGGUACUCGAGCUGUCGGGGGAUGUGCUGCAGAGGGUCCCUGAAGACCUGGACUAUGAGGGGACGCGCUUGAUGCUGGAGGACGACAACUCACCGCUCAACGUGGUCUUGCUGCAGGAAAUCCAACGGUACAACGUGCUGCUGGACAUCAUCAGGGUCUCACUGACGGAGCUGAAGAUGGCGAUCCAGGGUCUCGUUGUCAUGUCCACGGACCUGGAGGAGAUAUUUAACUGCAUCCAUGAUGCCCACGUGCCACCGUUAUGGGAGCUGGCCUACCCCUCGGUGAAGCCGCUGGGCGCUUGGACCCGGGACCUGGUUCACCGUAUCGAGCAGUUUGCCCAUUGGGCCGAGUCUGCCCAUCCACCCGUCAUCUACUGGAUCUCUGGCUUCACCUUCCCCACUGGUUUCCUCACCGCCGUCUUGCAGCUCGCCGCCCGCAAGAACGUGAUCUCGGUGGACUCGCUGUCCUGGGAAUUCAUCGUGUCCGUAGUGGACGACAAUAACCUACUGGAGCCGCCCAAGGAGGGCGUGUUUGUCAAGGGCAUGUACCUGGAGGGGGCGGGCUGGGACAAGAGGAACGCGUGUCUGGUGGAGGCAGAGCCCAUGCAGCUGGUGUGUCCCAUCCCCACCAUCCACUUCAAACCUAUGGAGAACAAGAAGAAGUCCACCAAAGGAACCUACAUCUGCCCCUCGUAUUACUACUCGCAGCGGGGCGGCAGCUCCAAGCACAACUCCUUCGUGGUGGGGGUGGACCUGAAAACUGGCGAGAAACCGCCCGACCACUGGAUCAAACGUGGCACCGCCCUGCCCCACUAG